AUGAAUUUUACGUUGAGAGACGCGCGAUUCGGUGAUUCGUACCGUCUGACUCCUGCAGGAGUCUUUCAGGGAUCUUCAACGCUACUUUUAGGAGCAGCUGGCGGCGACGGAGUAUCCGACGUCGGGCUACGGAUCACGGUUCCUACGGGAGAUGUCAUUGUCCUUCUUGCGGGGACGGGACAUAGCUCGGUGGAGAGUACCGAUGACUACAGGUAUAUAGGAGUAUAUCCGGAGGGCUGCCUACGGUGGCGGAACGAGUUUGGCAAGACGCGAAUUAAUAGCACGGCUUUCAAAGACGGGAUUGCGAGUGUUCGGUUUCCUGAGAAGGAUCCUGUCAUGGAAGAGCCGGGCCACUGA